UGCAGGAAGUAGACUUGUGCAGAACUCCCCAGUGAAAGAAGCAAGUGUAAGAGAGAGACCCCAGAUAGGAGCGGUGACAGCACCGUAAUAGAGACACACACAGUGAGCAUGUACACCCACGCUCUGCUAGCCUUGUUGGCCCUCGUCGCCACCACUCGCGCCUACACCUUCCCCGUCGCAGACUCCGACCGGAUCCCCCAGCGCUACAACCGACAACCUACGCCCGUCGACACCGACUACGUCAGCGACUACGGCAUAUCCUCCUCUCAGGCCGACGAAGGCGACUACUUCGACUACAGCGAGUACCCGGAGAGAGAGGAGGAGGAGGAGGAGGAGGAGGAGGAGGUGGUGGAGGAUGGAGAUCAGGAGGCGACGAUGGAGGGAGGAGCGAUGCUUGAAGAACACUUCCCACGACGGGUGUAUGAGACCAUCGUACCCACAGCCCCCAGCAGGGACCCCCUAGCUGACGACGAGAUACAGUUGCGAGACGACUCCAACUUCACAAGCGCUCGGGAGAUGGCCAGACUGAACAUCAUGGACCGUAUCUUGAUCGCCCUGGGCCCACCCUUCGGGGAAAAGUUGCCCAAGGCGCCAACCAACGACACCCUGGCCACCGUGUCCACACCCAUCAAUAUCACCGCCGAACCAUGCCCAUACAAAUACAAGAGGUGCUCAUCGCAGACGUUCUUCCCCUCGUGCAACAUUCCCCGUAAUACUGACCCGGAGGUGUGGCCUCAGCGCUUCAAUCUCUACUUCAACCUUUCCGCCAAUUUCGACAGCAGACUUGAUGUGAUUAAUGCUACCCUUAGGCUCUUCAAGAACAGUUCCCUCCCUCUCCAGCACCCAAAAACCCUGCUCAUCAAGGCUUACGUCUACACUAAGAGCCUUACCAAGAGACGAGCCAAGACAACUUUGGUGGCCGACGCUCAGGUGACUAGUGACUACCUGGGGUGGGUGUCCCUGCCUGUGGAAAAGAUGGUGAGACGCUGGAAGAGACAGAGGAGCAACCACGGCCUCCUGGUUACCGUCAACGACAUCGACCUCACCCCCUGGGACGCCCCACGUCUCUUCGUUAUCAUGGACUGCGCCUCCGGUAAUAACAGUCUUGUACCCUUGCCAUUCGAGGUUCAGACAGACGAAGAAGGCCAGCGGUACCCGGCCCUCAACGUGUUCCUGGGCAGCCCCGACGAUGAGAGGGAAGUGAACGAGCCAGAUCCGUCGCCUAGUCCAGUACCCGCCAUGCUGCCAGAAAGUGUCACGGUGGAUAUACAGUCCGACGACCCCGCCGUCUACGACUACGACGAGAAUGGCGCCCCCAUCCCCCACCGCCACCCUGCCAUGCCCAGCCACACAGCGUCUCUCGUUCGUAACAGCCACGCCCAUACUAACACCUUCCCUCAUGGAGUGGAACACUCUUUCGGGACUGGCCGCGGACACGUGCACGGCAAUAACCAGCCCCUUGGCCAUAACCAUCAGCUGACCAAUAACAACCAGCCGAGCAAUAAUCACCAACUGGGCAAUAAUAAUCACCUCAGGAUGAACCAACCUCCCACUACUAGUCAAACCAUCAUCAACCACCAAGCCCAUCACGGCCUCGCUAACAACUAUCCUUCUGAAAGCAACAACCCCAUCGACCUUCAAGCCGAGAUGGAAGCCGAGGUAAACCCAAGAUUCCCCAGCACACAGGCGACACUCACUAGUAACAGCCGUGGUAUUAACUUGGGGGAGCGAGGGUCGCCGUCAGAGCGGGGAUCGUCGGGAGAACGAGGGUCUUGGAGCCAGCCCACGCCCGCCACAGACGAGGGCCGCAGCCAGCGCCAACGAAGCCUCGCCAAGGAGAGGCGACACCGCAAGAAGCAUCGUCAGCACCACCGCCGUGGCUAGGAGGCGCGGUCCAGCACCAUCUGUGUGAGGCGCCCCGGCCCGUCUCCACACCCUCAGGAAGCCUGGACCAGGCAGCCUCCACGCCGCCUGGGCCAACACUACGUCCUACCUGAGUCCCGCCCCUGUACAUAGCAUUGCUGAUGCUCCAGUUCCUUGUCUCGCUUUAUUUAUGAGAGUGAGUGAGUCUUUUUCCUGAGUUAAGAGAGCCAGCGUGCGUGAGCCCAGAGUGUGUUCACGCUGAGCCCUCUGAACUCUCUGUUCAUAUUUGUACCAGGUAUGUAUGUACUGUAUAUGUUUCCGUGAAUCUUGAGGCAGCGUUUGAGGACGUGCCACAGUGCCAAGCAGAGGCCCGCACCUUCGGGUAUCGUGUGAGUGAGAUAGGCUCCCCCGAGGCCUAGCGUGUAUGUGUGGUCAGUGUCGCACAGGAGUCACUUCCCUGCGACACUGCAUGAGUGUGGCCGCACCCGGCUCGCCGGAGUCUUGUGGCAGAAUCGCAUUCCAAGUCAGUUUGUUCAAGUCAAUUCGUGUACCUUGACUAACAUGUGCCAUACGCCAAGUCAUAUAAUAGUAAGUUUGUUUAUACGGGCGAGUGUGGUAGUGGUAGACGGUCAGUGUUGCUACUACCGUGUUGAGCGUUUGUGUUGGUAGCAAGCACAACACCCUACCCUGCCACCCUCACCGUGGCCCCGGCACACCUACCAUCCGCAACCCACCAACCUCACCGAGAGAUUUAUUCCCCCGGGUGUUGCAACAACCCACCACGCUACCUGUAAGUUUAUUAUUACCUGGGAGGGUGAGUGUACCGGGGCAGCGGUGAGUGUGCCCACCCUCACCGCCAUGUCCACAUCCCACCCCCUGAGGCUCCAGUGUACCUAGCCUUGCCGAACCACCCUGUUCCCUGUCCUCAAGGCUUAAGAUUGUCACGAGCCUCACCAUGUGGUUCAACUUCCCAGGGCUCGACAAUGGUCCAGCCCCCAGCCUCACUGUUCCACAUUUGUCUUACAUUUAAGUUGUUAAUUAAGAGAUCAUUUACAAGGUGUCCUGGCGCAACUUAGGCUCAGUUAUGAAAAUUUGGAUCAUAUCAAAUAUUACUGAGCCUUUUUUACACAAUAGUUAGUUUAAUAAGUUUAAACGGGUAUUACAGUCGGUCACAUGUGAAUACAAAAAGUACCUGCUAUCUGUUUGAGGUUGUUGAGCUGGUCACCUGGAAGGCUGGCAGCUCGGGGUAGAGGGAGUAGAGGAACCAGGUAUCGCCUUCACCGUCAGAUAUACUGAGACAUCCAUUUAGAAAUCUCUUUUAUAAAACUUCAGUCAGACUGAUUUUUACCUGUCCUGUAUCUGUUAAGUAUUGCUUUAUAGAUGCGAUAUAUCGGGGUUACCGUUACUUAGGUUGGUCACUGUUCACGAUGUACAUGUGCUGCCAGUUUAUAUGUGAAACGCUUAACGAAGUUACUUAGUUUUUUCCUUCACUGUACAAUCGGUAUAUGAUGGGUAUAUAGUGUUUCUCAAGAGCAGUGUAAUAUUAACUGACAAAUAUGGCGUUGUACUUCUAAUGGUGCUUAAGUAGAAACUUUAAUAGCUUAUUGUAUGGUGUGCCACUAGCACUAAGGGCCGGAAUUAAACAUAUAAUUUACGCUAAGUCAGUACUUCAGUGGUCUGCUUCCACCUGAAUAUUGUUCGUCCAUUACUACAAUUAUCCAGGUGAUAAUUGGGAUUAAUUAGAAGAUAAGUAAUGUACAGUAAUAUUAUUUGGCAAUUGACAGCAACGCAAGUCUGAGUUUUCCUACAAGUGAGGGUAUUUACGGUCUAAAAUACCUCCAAACAGUCAAAUUUACCUCCCAACACAAACUAAAAUACCUCCCAACGGUCAAUAUUACCUCCAGUCAAAUAUACCUCCAAAAACAGUCACAAAUACUUCCAAAACAAUCAAAAAUAUCUCCCAGUCCAAAACACCUCCCAACAGCCAGAAUGCCUCCCAGACAUUCAAAAAUGCCUUCCAAACAUUCAAAAAUGCCCCCCAAAUACUAAAAAAUGCCUCACAACCACUCAAAAAUAUCUCCCAAAUCUCAAAAAUGCCUCCCAACACAGUAAAAAAUACAACCCAGUCAAAUAUACCUCCCAACCAGUCAAAAAUACCUCCCAGCACAGUCCAAAAUACCUCCCAACCAGUCAAAAAUACCUCCCAACACAGUCCAAAAUACCUUCCCACCGUAAACCAACAAUAUCAAACUUUCUUGGACCUUCAAAUACAAGAAUCAGCUUAAAACAACGACGACAUAACAUAAUAGUUUGAUGUGUUUGUUUUAAAACUGAACUUUAUCCAUUUGAAUUUAAUUUCCACAUCUCAAUAUUAUUUUUAUUAUUAUUUGUGUUUUUGUUUUAAGAACGUAAUUGCAUCCUUAAGUAUUUGACACGAGUGCUCAAAACCUUUCUUUCAUGAUUCAUCGAGAUACACGGCACUCAACAACUUGUAUUGGGUCAUUAAAGAUACGAGUGCUUAAAAGCCUUUAUUGAGCCAUUAAGACCAUCGUAGCAGGAAGCAAUGGUCGGGUGCGUCCAUCAUCCCAAGGUCUCAUGUAUCUUGGGCACGCAAUUAAACCCUUAUGCCUUUAGGAUAAUUUUUUACAUCAAGAUCUAGCUCAUCAGUGUCUAGGUAUAUAUAGGACUAGUGAAUUUGUAAAGGCAUUCGAGUCAUAGAUGGAUGGAAGUAUGUUACAAAUGGUUAUUAAAAAAAUUAAGCAAUAGGUUAUGUUUUUUAUACAUUUCCAGUCUAGUAAGUUUGUUAAAGCCGUAACUGUGUUCUUCGAGGCGUUUAAAUGGACCUCCCUAGCUGUCAAAACUAGGCUAACUCUGCCAAACUAGUGUUAUUAUGUGUAAUGUAAAACUGUGUAAAUAGUAAUUUUAUCCUGACUGUACAUAUAGAUUUAUUUUAUUUCAGUAAAUAAUUUUCUAGCUAUCUAA